AUGGGAAUCAUAUUGAAUCGAGAGCUUGGAAAAUAUGAGGUAGAUGAUUUGGAACUUGAACAUAACCAUGUUCUACAAACACCAGAGACCUGUCACUUGAUACCAUCACAAAGGAGAAUAUCAGAAGUGCAAGCAUUUGAAAUUGAAAUGGCAGAUGCAUCUGGAAUUCAGCCUAGAAUUGCUCAUGAGUUUGCUAGUCGACAUGUUGGAGGAGCUGCUAAUCUUGGAUACAGUUGCCGAGACCACAAGAACUAUCUGCGCACUAAACGUCAAAAGGAGAUGAAGUAUGGUGAAGCCGGAAGCUUGUUGAAUUACUUUCACAAUAAGGACAGUCGUCCAUUUGGUGUGUUUGUUGGCUUCAACCACUUCAGAGAAACUGUGGUUUUUUGGGCUGCACUGAUGUAUGAUGAGUCAGUUGACUCCUUCAAGUGGCUAUUUGAAACUUUUCUUUCUACUCAUAAUCAAAAGAAGCCAAGAACUAUUUACACUGAUCAAGAUGUUGCAAUGGGAAAGGCUAUUACAGAUGUGUUACCAGAAACAUGGCAUGGAUUAUGCACUUGGCAUAUAAUGCAGAAUGCAAUUAAGCAUUUGAACCGUCACAUGGUUGAAGGUUCAAAUGUUCUUGGUGAUUUCAGUGCUUGCAUGUAUGAAUACGAGGACAUGGUAAAAUUUGAAGAUGUAUUUUCCAAGAUGAGAGCUAAGGUACAUAAGCAAACUUGGCUUGAUAGUAUCUAUAAGGUAAAGGAAAAGUGGGCUGAAUGUUACAUGAAGGAUGUGUACACAUUAGGUAUGAGAAGUACCCAAUUAAGCGAGAGCCUGAAUAAUGACAUGAAGGAGUACUUAAACUCGGAACUAAACAUUCUUCGCUUCUUUAGUCAUUUUGAGAGGGCUGUCCAAGCAAAAAGAGAUAAAGAGAUCACUUCAGAGUACAAUUCAAGGGAAAAGUUGCCACGCAUUCAGAUGAGAACUCCAAUGCUACUGCAAGCAAGCAAGAUUUACACGCCACAAAUAUUUGAAGCCUUUCAAAGUGAAUAUGAAAGAUCUAUGGCAGCCUACACAAGACCAUCAUCUGAAGGCAACACAUACAUUGUUGGAAUUGGAGUUCUUGAUGAAGAAUCUACACUAGAGGAGGAGCAUGUGGUUGUUUUUUAUUCUUCCGAGCGCAAAGUUGUAUGCACAUGCAAACUAUUUGAGAGGACUGGACUAUUGUGCAGUCAUGCCUUGAAAGUUCUUGAUUUGAUGAAUAUUAAGCAGUUACCUGAACACUACAUUAUGAAGCGAUGGACACGGGAGGUAAGAUGUGGAACUGUUCAUGAUGCAUUUGGGAGAAAUGUUUUAGCAGAUCCAAAGGUAGACAUGACACGUCGCUAUAAGUAUUUGGCGCACAAAUUUAUCAUAUUGGCUUCUCGAGCAGCUGACUUUGAAGAAUGUUUUUUAUUGGUGGACAAUGUACUUGAUAGCCUUUGUAGUCAAGUUGAGCAAAAAAUCAAGCUGUUUGCUGAAGGAAAUGCCAAUCAAUCCAAGGUUGAAGCAACAACUAAAGCACCUAAUAAAAUGGCACAUGUUAUUGCUGGCCUCAAGAAAAGAGAGACAAAAAAGGGUGGAUCAAAGCGAAAGAAAAAUUGGGUUGAUAAGCUUCGAAAAGGGAGAAAACAAGGAUCAUCUCAAGUCGAGUCCCAAGAACCAUCCGAUGUGGGUGCAAUGGUGACUCGAGUAGCACAACCUCAAACAAUAGUUGAGAAAUGCUUUAGAACUGACCAAGAUCAGAUCGAAGAUUCUGAAUUCAUUGGAAGUUACACUCAACUACUGAUGAGGAUACGAGUCCCUGUCAGGGAGUCAGUGAACGGCAUUGGGAACACUCUUCGCAUCCAUGUUGGGCAUCCGGACAACGAGAGCUACAUGCGUGAGUUCUUGGAGAAAUUGCAGUGA